AUGCUUAAAGAUAUUUAUAAUUCGUUACUAUCCAAAAAACAGCAAGAAGAACAUGCAUGGAGUUUAAAUGAAGAUAUUCUAGAAAAUCAAGCUCAACUAUUUUUCUCGCUAAAGAGUAUAAAAGGUUUGAAAAUAGACGAACCUGUUAGAAUUUAUUGUUUAGCUUCAUUGGAAAAACAAUCAAUACAAACAUCUUCAAUUAUUGUUAGAGACCAAUCACCAAUCGAAUGGAAUGAAGGAUAUACCUUUGAUGUAAUUUCAUCAAAGUCCGUAUUAGCUUUAUCCAUUUGGCAAGGUAAUUUUAAUCAAACCAAUAUUAGCGAUAGUAGCAGUAAAAAUAAUAAUGAUGUAAAAAUGGGAAGUCCUGUCAUAAGUGGUGUAAAUACUAACUUAGCUAAAUUAAUAGGAAAAGUUUAUAUUCCAUUUUUAACAUUCAAAAAACAAUUUUGUGAUCAAUGGUUCCCAUUGAAUGGUAGUCCAUCAGUCUCAAUUCAUGUUAAAUUAAGUUUUACAAAUUCUGGUAAAAAAGUUUCAGUUAACGAUUUUAUAUAUUUAAGAAUGAUUGGUAGAGGUGCAUUUGGUCAAGUAAAUUUAGUUAAAAAAAUAGAUACAGGAAGAUUAUAUGCAAUGAAAAUAAUAAAAAAAGAUAGAUGUUUAAAUAUGAACGCAGUAGGACAUACAUUCACUGAACGAAAGCUAUUAAAGAAAUAUUAUCACCCAUUCAUCGUAGGUUUAAAGUACUCUUUUCAAACACAAGAUAGUUUGUGUAUGGUACUAGAUUACAUCGGAGGUGGUGAAUUAUUUUACCAUAUUUCGGAAAGAGAAACUUUUAGCGAGGAGACAGCUCGUUUUUAUAUAUCGCAAAUUAUGUUGGCUAUCGGUUUCCUCCACGAACAUGGUGUAAUCUAUCGUGACUUGAAAUUAGAGAACCUUUUGAUGGACUUGGAUGGUAAUAUUUGUUUAGUAGAUUUAGGUCUAUGUAAAGAAGAUGUAAAAGAAGGUCAAUAUUGCUUUACAAUGUGUGGCUCCCCUGAAUAUGUAGCACCCGAAAUUAUUACUGGUACUGGCUAUAGUAGAUCCGUUGAUUGGUGGGCAUUAGGUACUUUGUUUUACGAAAUGAUUGCCGGCCUACCACCAUUCUAUAGUGAAGAUCCACACGAAAUGUCCAAACUAAUCCUAUCAUCUCCAUUAAAAUUCCCACCAAAUAUCUCAAAGAAUGCAGCAUCUCUAAUAUCACUUUUAUUAAACAGAGACCCCACAAAACGUUUGGGAUCUGGUGAGUCAGAUGUCGAGGAAAUCAAAGCUCAUCCAUUCUUUAAGAGUAUGAAUUGGUCCAAACUAUUAAAUAAAGAAGUCGACCCACCAUUCAAGCCCCAUUUAAUAGGUCCAUUAGAUUUAUCUUAUUUUGAUCCUGCCUGCACUUUGCAAUCCCAACCAAUUAAUCCAUACACAACAAAUUCAAAUCUAUCUGAAUCUGACCAAAUGGCAUUCCAAGGCUUCUCCUAUUCAGCUCCUGAUAUUUUCAAUUUAACAAACAACAAUUCUAGUGGUAGUAUUGGUGUUAAUACAUCAAGUGGCGGUAGUGCCCAAAACUCACCUUAUAAUUCUUUAAGAAACACCCCACCAAGCUUUAUGAAAAUUUCAGGUAGUAAUAUUUUUGAAAAUGGUAGAAUGUCACCAAUUAGUUUUUCCUCAAGCCCAAGUUAUAACAAUAAUAAUAAUAAUAAUAACAAUGUAAAUAUGAACCAUAGUGGAUGGGUACAACCACAAUCACCUCAAUCACCACAACCAUUACCCCAAUUACCAAUCUUAUCAAAACUUCAAGAAACUACCUUUGAAAGACGUAGAUCUCUAUCUGUAAAUGCUCAAACUCAAUUCACCAUGGUACUAGGCGAUGAUGAAUAA